GCUCGUGCUCUAGACGGCCCUGGUCUCUGUGCCAGGAAAGGAAGCGCCCCCGCUGCGGGCGCUUCGGAGAGGACCUGAGCACUCGUUAAACUCGGAGGGGCCGGGAAUGCGGCACCGUGUCCCGUCACACGCCAGGCUGCUCGGCGCAGGGAAAAGAGCGAGCCCCCAGCGCCACCUCGCCUGGCCGCUGCUGCACUUUGUGUGCGCGUUUGCGGGGCCAGGACACAUCACUGAUUUCAGAGACUGUUUAUUGUUUGCAGCAGCUUCGGGGCUCCGGAGGUAGUUACAGCAAAUUGUGUGUGUGGAUAAAGCACAUUAUCCCUCUCUGGAAAGCAAUAACAAUGCUCAGGCAGACAUGGCUCUGCUGAGGCACAUCCAUAGCCCAACUUGUCAGCUCUAUUGUUGCGAAAACACAUUUAAUUGAAGUGGAUGAAGAUGAAUCCUCAGCAGCAGCGGAUGGCCGCUAUAGGAACCGACAAGGAACUCAGUGACCUGCUGGACUUCAGUGCGGUAGGAUAUUCUUCGAGGUCUUCUUAUGCCUUCUCCACGAUGUUUUCCCCACCUGUUAAUAGUGGGAAAACCAGACCAACUACAUUAGGAAGCAGUCAGUUCAGUGGGUCAGGUAUGGAUGAACGAACAGGUGCUGCAUCUUGGGGAACAAGUGGGCAACCAAGUCCUUCAUACGAGUCUUCAAGGGAAAAUGGCAGUCUCCAUGGAAAAAGCUCAGACAUCUCCACAGCCAUAGAAAAGUUGAAACCUCAAGAGGGUUUUGCAGACAGUCCUCAUUAUGGUGAUCACUUGAAUGACAGUCGAUUAGGGCCCCAUGAAGGAUUGUCCCCGACACCUUUCAUGAACUCGAAUCUGAUGGGAAAAACAUCAGAUAGAGGUCCAUUUCCACUGUAUGGCAGAGACCCAGGAGUACCAGGUUGCCAAUCCAGUCUCCUACGAUCAGAUAUGGGGCUUGGAAGCCCUGGUCAGUUGUCAUCCUCAGGAAAACCUGGAACAACGUAUUACCCAUUUGCUACUACAAAUCCACGCCGAAGACCACUUCAUGACUCAUCAGUUCUUGAUCCUUUACAGACAAAGAAAGUAAGAAAGGUGCCCCCUGGUUUGCCUUCUUCUGUAUAUGCACCAUCUCCAAGUUCUGAUGAUUUCAAUAGAGAAUCUCCAACUUACCCAUCUCCUAAACCACCAAGCAGUAUGUUUGCCAGCACUUUCUUUAUGCAAGAUGGUACCCACAACUCUUCUGACCUUUGGAAUUCAUCCAAUGGAAUGAGCCAGCCUGGUUAUGGUGGAAUGCUGGGAGGCUCUUCUUCUCACAUGUCACAGUCUAGCAGUUAUGGCAGUCUACACACACAUGACCGCUUGAGCUAUCCCCCACAUUCAGUCUCACCUACAGAUAUAAAUGCCAGUCUUCCUCCAAUGUCCAGCUUCCAUCGCGGCAGUACCAGUAGUUCACCUUAUGUUGCUGCCUCACAUACUCCACCCAUCAAUGGAUCAGAUAAUAUACUGGGAAACAGAGGAAAUGGGACUGGAAGCUCACAGACGGGUGAUGCACUUGGAAAGGCAUUGGCAUCUAUUUAUUCUCCUGACCAUACAAGCAGUAGCUUUCCUUCAAAUCCAUCAACACCUGUUGGAUCACCAUCACCUCUCACAGGUGCCAAUCAGUGGUCUAGGACUGGAGGACAAGCUCCCUCAUCUCCAAACUAUGAAAACUCUCUCCACUCCUUGAAAAAUCGAGUUGAGCAGCAACUUCACGAGCAUUUGCAAGAUGCAAUGUCCUUCUUAAAGGAUGUCUGCGAGCAAUCUCGAAUGGAGGAUCGCUUGGACAGACUUGAUGAUGCCAUCCAUGUGCUACGAAACCAUGCUGUGGGGCCUUCAACAAGCCUGUCAGGCGGCCAUGGAGAUAUACAUAGUUUAUUGGGGCCAUCCCAUAACGGGCCAAUUGGAAGCCUAAAUUCAAAUUAUGGAGCAUCUAGCCUCGUAACAACCAAUCGACAAGCUUCAAUGGCUGGAACUCAUCGGGAAGAAAGUGUCAGCCUCAACAGCAACCAUUCAGUCCUGCCCAGUACAGUGUCUGCUCAGAGCACAGAACUAAAUCAUAAAACACAAGAAAAUUACAGAGCAUUGUCAAGUGGCUUGCAGAGCCAAUCUGUGGCUAUCGGUGCAGCAGAAAUUAAGUCAGAACUUAAGGAGAAGGAUGAAAAUAUACAUGAACCUCCCUCAUCUGACGAUAUGAAAUCAGAUGAUGAAUCCUCCCAAAAGGAUAUCAAAGUUUCAUCUAGAGGAAGAACGAGCAGUACUAAUGAAGAUGAAGACUUAAACCCAGAACAGAAGAUAGAAAGAGAGAAAGAGAGGAGAAUGGCAAAUAAUGCUAGAGAACGCUUGCGUGUACGAGAUAUUAAUGAGGCAUUUAAAGAACUUGGCCGUAUGUGUCAGCUUCACCUGAAGAGUGAAAAACCACAGACAAAACUGCUUAUUCUUCACCAGGCUGUGGCAGUCAUCCUCAGUCUAGAGCAACAAGUCAGAGAGAGGAACCUAAACCCCAAAGCAGCCUGCCUUAAGAGAAGGGAAGAAGAAAAAGUUUCUGCCGUAUCGGCAGAGCCACCAACACCACACCCAGGAAGCCACCCUGGGCUUAGUGAAACUACCAACCCUAUGGGUCAUAUGUGAACACCAGCCAGAAUUCCAGAAUUAUCAGUAGGAUAUAUAGAAGGUGACCUUCCUUCACAAGGACACAGACAACUAACAUUAUAUGAAGACACAAAUCUGACAGGAGAAAACACUUGAAGCAAGAAACCCAAAUGCAAUCUUAUGAUCAAAGCUACUGGUCAACACCUGCAUCAGAAGUGAAGAUACAAAGAUCUUCAGAUAGAAUUUCAGCCCAUGAAAUACUCUGAACAUAUCAUUCUGUUGCAAGCAGUGUGUCGCUUCUGCACAAUCAGAGACUGUUGUGAUCUCUCCACUCAUUGUGGAAGUUGCCUUGUGCCUAAACUGAAUUGACAAAUGCAUUGUAACUACAAAUUUUAUUUAUUGUUAUGGAACUGUAAAGGUCUACAUAUAAAGGGAAAAGUUAACAUGUUGAAAGCUGAAAGAAUUUCAGCUGAUGCCAGCAUUUGUUAAAGCUGUUCACAUUCAGAGAACAAAGCCGUGACAACCAUUGACCCUUAGCAUUCCCAGCAUACCUAUUAGUGUCUUAAAAAAGGAAGGGAAAAGUCUUUUGUUGUCCUUUCCACUCCUUUUGCCAUAUGACUAGUAUUUCCAUGCAAUAGGAAAAUAUUCCUUGGCAUAGCUUUUUUUUUUACGUUAUGUUAUGUUAUGUUAUGUUAUGUUAUGUUAUGUUAUGUUAUGUUAUGUUAUGUUACAUUUGUUUGUUUGGUCUCUGGUAAUCUGAACAGUUAUGGUCAUCAUCAGCUUCCAUACUGAGCUCCAUACGUCAAGCCAUUAGAAGGAACAGUGAAGACUGCAGGACAGGAGCAGUACUGUGACCAUAGCAUUUCUUGGAUUUAAAAGUGGUAUUUUUUCUCUCAGACUUUCCUCAAAUAAAUCUUUUUAUUUCUAAUUAUAAACCAAACCUUUUUAGGCUUCUAGGCUUCAUAGUAAAGCUUGUAACGUGAAGUGUAAAUUGGGUGGGGAGAAUUUACUUUGUUAGAAUUGCUUUGUUUUCUAAGCAGUAAGUACUACAUAUAGUACAUGUAAAGUGUUAGCUGUAUGUAAGCACAAAAUACAUUAAAAUACAAAGGAGACUUUUCAGGCUGUAAUUAUGGUGAACAGUAAAUCCUAAAUUCACCAUGGCAGGUAGUGUUCUGAACUAAACACAGCUGUGGUGGGCUAAUUAUAUAAUGGGAUAUAAGAGCAAUGGUCACCAAUUUUUUUCCUUAUUGUACACAUUAAUUAUCUUGUCAUUUUUGUAUGGCUUGUCAGUGGAGAAGAAUUCAGUGUGAUUCAGUCAACUGCAAACACACUGCCCCUCCCAAGCCAUAUUAGCAUUAAACCAUUAAAUGUUGUUCCACCAGUACAGUGUCCAUAAGUAUUCCUUUGUCAGUAAUGUGUUGAUUGUUAAAAUGUCUCUGAACUUCCAUGGAAACAGUCUUCCACUGCAAUGACCGUGG